AUUGGACCCAGCUGGGAUUCUGGAAGCUUUGCUCUGUUUACGCCCGUUUACCUGCAUUUCCACCUGUUUCCAUGGCUUCCUGAUCGGAGAGAGCACAACGGUGAAGAUGUAGGUCAGAAUCAGAAGGCGUUGUCGCUCACUUCCACGUUUCUCCAGCAACGCCUAGGUUCUACAGGAGCUUUCGGAGAGCGCCUAAGCAAUGCUGUAGGGGAGAUUCCUGGGGGUAUAAAUAGGUGCAUGGCGAAAGGGAGAACUCAACAAAGGCAGCACAAUAAGUCUUUCGCUUGCAAACGCAGUCACUUACUCAUCACGUUUCUUGUCAUGCUCGCUGCCGCCCCCGCCGGAUUGCUCUUUGCAAGGAGCAUCUUUAGAACACCAGGUGCUGUGCAGAAAGGCGUAAGAGCGGCGUCAACCUCCAGAGUCCUCCUAUCGGCUGAGCAAAACAUGGCCGGCCCUGCGCUAGCUAAGCCAAGGAAGAUCAUCAAGAAGUUGCUCAGUCGUGAGCAGAGUGAGGGCGAUGGAGCUAGAGUGCGGAGGAGCAUCGGUCGACCGGAGCUGAGAAAUCUUGAUCCAUUCCUCAUGCUCGACGAGUUCUCCGUCCAGCCUCCAGCCGGUUUCCCCGACCAUCCCCAUCGUGGACAGGAGACCGUCACGUACAUGCUGAAGGGCACGUUCACACACCAAGACUUCACAGGCCACAAGGGGACCAUCAAUCCCGGGGACGUGCAGUGGAUGACUGCCGGGAGGGGCAUUGUGCACUCUGAGAUUCCGGCGUCCGAUGACGCGCACGGGCUGCAGCUGUGGGUCAACCUGGCAGCCAAGGACAAGAUGGUUGAGCCCGCGUACCAAGAGCUCCUCGCGUCCGAGAUCCCGAAAGCCGAAAAGGACGGCGUCUCCGUGGCCGUCAUCGCGGGCGAGUCCCUCGGCAUCUCGUCCCCCGUCUUCACGCGCACCCCGAGCAUGUACCUCGACUUCACGCUCCAGCCGGGCGCGUCGAUCUCGCAACCCGUCCCCGAGGGGUGGAACGGUUUCGCGUACACGCUGAACGGGACGGCGGUGUUUGACGAUGUCGAGAGCGGCCCGCACCAUACGCUCCAACUAGGGCCGGGGGAUGGGAUCAAGGUCGAGAACAAGGGCGCCGAGCCCGCGCGGUUUGUGCUGAUCGCCGGAAAGCCGCUGAACGAGCCGGUGGUGCAGCACGGGCCGUUUGUGAUGAACACGCGCGAGGAGAUCAUGCAGACGUUCAACGAUUACCAGUACGGGAGGAACGGGUUCGAAAGGGCUCACACUUGGGUGUCGAGUUAGGAGGUAGCAAGGGUAUCCAUGUCGAGUUAGAAGGUAGCAGGGAACCCAUGUCGAGUUAGGAGGUAGCAAGUUUAUCCAUGUAGAAAGAGAUUUUUUGUACAGUAUGCUUGAUGCGAGUGUGCCCCUGGGAUUGAGGCACGCAUCAAAUAGGGCUCUUUCGAUCGAAGAUUCUUAUCCUUGAUGCUUACAAACGCCAUGCCCGAAUUGGACAUGGCGUCGUACUUGGCCUGAAGACUGGAACAUACCAUUUGAAAGGCUUCUUCGUGUGAUUGUGAAGACGACUUGAUCUCGGAACACUCGAACUAAUUCACGGUCAUGCGGUUUUUUUGUGGGU